GGGUCAAGGCGGCGCGACGCAGGGACCGAGCUCGCGGCGGCGCCGGCGGCGGGAGCGGGCAGCGGAGGCGGGAAGCCGCGAGGCGACGGGGAGCGGGUCCGACGGCGAAGCAGGAGCCGCGCCAGCCUCACCAUGGCCGAGACGAAGGAUGCCCAUGAGGAGCAUGACUCAGCCACUGACAAUGCAGAUGAUUCUAACCACGAUCCACAGUUUGAGCCCAUAGUUUCUCUUCCUGAGCAAGAGAUCAAAACUCUCGAAGAAGAUGAGGAAGAACUCUUCAAGAUGCGGGCAAAGCUUUUCCGAUUUGCAUCAGAAAAUGACCUUCCAGAAUGGAAAGAACGUGGCACCGGUGAUGUAAAACUCCUGAAGCACAAAGAAAAGGGGACCAUUCGCCUCUUAAUGAGGAGAGAUAAAACUCUAAAAAUCUGUGCUAAUCAUUACAUUACACCUUUAAUGGAGUUGAAGCCCAACGCCGGCAGUGACAGGGCCUGGGUGUGGAAUACACACGCCGAUUUUGCAGAUGAGAGUCCUAAACCAGAACUUCUGGCAAUUCGUUUUUUAAAUGCAGAAAACGCACAGAAAUUCAAAGCAAAAUUUGAAGAAUGUAAGAGUGAAGUUGAUAAAAAGGGAAAGAAAGCAGCAACAGACAAAAACGAUAGCGCUGAUAAAAUUGCCGAAAAGCUAGAAGACCUUUCUGUAAAGGAAGAGAGCAAAGAGUUGGAGAAGAAAGAAGUCAAGGAAAAAACUGAAGAAAAGCAAUAAAUCAUUUUGGGCCUUGUGUUUUUCUUUUUUCUUAUUUUUUUUUUUCCUUAAUUUUUACAAGGAACUUUAUAAAGAACUGUAUUCUGAUGUUCAAUUUUUUUUUUUUUUUUCCUAAGCUUUUGCCCUUUUGGAAGAGUUCUUUGGAAAAAAAUUUCCAUUCCCCAGUCAUGAAAAUGUACUGUGCUAAACUUCCUUUUCCAUAGUGGAAAUACUUAUUUAUGGUCAUCCGGGAGAGUGAAUAAAUAAAGCUUUGGAAAUGGUAUGAAAAGGACAGGGUUUUCUGUACACUUCAGAUGUGUGGCUGCCGUUGUUACCUUGGGCUAUAUGUUUGGGUGCGUAUUUUAGGUGAGGUAUAGCGUAGUUGAAUUAUACCAAUAGACAAAGUGAGCGUAAUGAACACGUUUCUCAUGCACUGUGGCUGAACGUUGUGAUGGCUGGAAUGAGAAAUUUUAUGCUAAGGUUCCUUGUUUUUGUGACGGGUUUGAGUGACCUUGAGUGUUCUCGUGCAGAUUUAUUAACGAAAAUGGCAUGUCCCUUAGAAUCUAACGUCACCCCACAACGGCCUGUUACGUAUUUCAAAAUACCGUGGUUCCUUUUGGUCCAUUGUGCCGAUGCAGCAAGGCAGAACAUAUGUUUUCAGUUGCGACAGGAGGUGUGAGAUGUCCAGUGAUGCGAUUUUUAAAAAGCCUUUCUCUGCAGAGCAGAAACCUCACCUGCAAGCAAAUCAUUACAGGCCCUUCUGUGUAGAUGGGACGAAGGUCCAGUUUUUCUGUCUGGCUGUCUUUAAAAUUUUCAGUAUAAACGCGCCAUUUAGGUAUUAAGACAUGUAAUACGUUUUCUGUUACUUUGCUGUCUUGAUUAUAGCAUUUUCAUAGUGCUUUGUGGGGAAAUGGGGGGGGGGAGAAAUCACCAUUUUUAAGAUAACUUUUGGUUGUGAGAAAAUCACGUGUCUUGACACCACCCGAGAAAAAGCACUGAUGUUUGGAUUUGCGUCCAUUCGUUGAGGGCGUGGUUCACUCGUCUAACAAUAAACUUUUGGGUAGCAAUUAAUUGCCACUGAUAUACUUGAAAGAGAUAUCCUAUUAACAUUCACAGCACAGGUCAUACUUAGUCUUCACCAGAGAGACCAAAAAUGUUCGUAAUGGUGAGCUCCUGCAGCCAUAUGCACCGAUUAUGCUCACCCAACAGCGUAUAUUGUCACUUUGCAGUUCUCAUGGCAAAAUGGAUUAUAAGUGGUCCUCAGAAAUGGAGGGAAAAGAGAGGAUUUUACACAUAACUCAGCCUUUCUCAGUGUGCAGCCUGUCUUAGUACAAGUCCCUCUUUGGUCCAUUUCUCUUGACUAUACAAUCCUCCCCAAAUGUAAUACAGGUUAUCUGUCAUGCAUAUAAGCUGAGAAUGCCUGAUGCAGUAUCUUUAAAGAUCCAAGUUCCCCAUGUCAGCCUAUAUUGUUAGAUUGAGAGUGUAGCUAUAAAACAUUCCUUUUCCUCUUGCUUGAAACGGUAUGCACAGUGGGCUUUUUUCCUUUUUUUAAAAUUAAAAGCUUUCCUUGUUCAAUGAAACAGCAGAACUGUCAUGUAAUACAUUUUGAACUCAUCCUUGACCUUUUUUCUGGAAUUUUAAAGUGUUUCCUUGAUUCUCAUUCUCUCUCUGUCUCUCUCCAAUCAUCAUUACAUUUUUAUGGAUGUAUUUGUUCCUUCCUGUGGUGUUUUUUGCAUUGCUGUAGUUUGAGUAAGGCAAGACUGCGAGGGUAGGGAGAUGCAGAAAUACCUCAGCUGGUCCCAAGGACUUGUCAGUGUAUUCAACAUUAAGGUAAAAGGGCAUUGAACUCUAUUUGCAGAUUAAAGUCACUAUAAAUGGAUUCUGGUUUAAGUUGUCAAAAAGAGGCACUGUUCACCGAGCUAACUUUGAAAUAAAUUUAAACUUCAUCCUUA